UUUCAUGUGCGAGGCCCUUAACAAUGCGCGAAGGAAACAUGGCGACCUACACGGUUGAAAAGAGAUGUUUCGGAAUAAUUUCAAAUAUUAUAAAAGCCGGAAUUCCGUACCAGAUUUCAGCGACGUGAUCGAUUUUGAGAAUCCAAAUCGCUUUGAAGUUAAAAAGAUUGAGGCACGUGUAACUGGCGAACAGACUGAAGACAGUUUCGGUUUCGGCCUCAAAUCAGUGAGAAAAUGGAACAUUUACGAGAUAUUGGAUAUUCCCGGGCUCAUCUUUAUUCAGAAUCCAUUUACAUCCAAUGGCCAACGAUACUGGAUCACUAAGUGUCUGAAAGAUUACUCUAAGGAACCAUAUAAGAUAAACAUAGACACCCAUAACUUUUUAAAUAAUGAAACGUGGUGGGACAUGUGUUUUCAAACGGAGAAGACUAAAACUCUCCUACCAAAGCUGCGAUGGGCGACAUUGGGCUAUCAUCAUAAUUGGGACACAAAAUUAUAUUCGGAAAGCUCAAAAUGCGACAUGCCAACGGAAUUAUCUGGCUUAACAUCCGUUUUGGCGAGGACAUUAGGUUUCUCAGAUUUUAAAGCGGAGGCUGCGAUUGUGAAUUAUUAUCGGAUGGACUCGACUUUGUCGGGGCACACGGAUCAUUCGGAGACGAAUGUUACAGCACCGCUCUUCUCCAUAAGUUUUGGACAGACAGCGGUAUUUCUGAUUGGUGGUCUUAAACUGGAAGAUCCGGCUAACGCUAUCUUUUUGCGGAGUGGAGACGUAGUGAUAAUGUCGGAAAGCUCCCGUUUGAGGUAUCACGGGGUACCGCGGAUUUUGCCGGCGUUAAAAGCACCCUGGGACAACAAUUGCGAAGACAAUCGCGAAAAUCCCAUGUGCAGUUUGGACGAUUGGCACAAAGCGCGAACUUAUAUUGCCGAAGCUAGAAUUAAUAUGAAUGGACCGCAUUUUUAAAUGUGCGGACUUUCAUACGUCUUUAAAAUGCGCGCCAUUGGGAACGUGACUACCUAGAUUUCCGGUCUCUCACGUCAGCUGAUCAAUCCCAUUCCUGUCUGCUGAUGCA